GCGAUCGCGACGGUCGGUCGAUCCGAGGCGCGCGACUUCUCGCAUCGGUGCUCGCUUCCUCCGGUCGGCCGGAGACGUCCGCGCCGUGCGACGCGACUCGUCGAGAUGCUCAGCGGCUACGAGUCCCAGGCCGACUACUAUCCCCAGUGGCAUCAGCCCUACGGUUACGCCGCGCAGCUUCCGUACGCCGAGCGCCGCCCUCGCGGUUCGGCCGGCUCGGUUGGCACGGUCUUCCUCGACGGCCCGCCGUUCCCUGGUCGGGACGAGCGCGAGGCCUUCUGGCCGACGGAGCCGGCCCUCGUCUCCGGCGACAGCUCCGGGGCGGACUCGUCGCUGGAGGAGGCGGCCGCGGCGACCCCGGCGACCCCGCGAUGCGUCUUCGACCGGCGCUACGCCCCGCCGCCUCUCCUCUGUAUCCGCCCGGACGACCCGGCGCGGCCGCUCGGCGACGUCGCCGCGGGCGACUCGCUCCAGGGGACGACUCUGCCCGUCAAGCCCAAGAAGCGCAACACGGCCAACAAGAAGGAGCGCAGGCGGACGCAGAGCAUCAACAAUGCCUUUGCCGACCUUCGAGACUGCAUCCCGAACGUGCCGGCCGACACCAAGCUGUCCAAGAUCAAGACCCUCCGGCUGGCGGCCUCCUACAUCGGCUACCUGAUGGCCGUUCUAGAGAGCGACGAGACCGCCGACGCGCCGCCGCGGGCCUUCAGAGCCGAGUUCCUGCCCGGCGCCGCCGGCCAUGCUCGCAGAGGUCACAGGGCCCCCUCCGCCAAGCACGAGGCGGGUCCUCCGACGCCCGACGACACCGCGAAAGGAAAGGGCCGCACUGGGUGGCCGCAGCACAUGUGGGCGCUCGAACUUAAGCAAGAACCGUCCAAUCAAGCUCAAAUGCAGUGAGGAUUUCGCCCUUUCGCCCCUUUCGCCCCUUUCGCCCCUUUCGCCCGCGACCUGGCGGAUCGGGUUCAAAGUCCCGAUCGAGAUCUCUCCCGAGAACGAUCGUAGCGUGUAAAUAAUGUCGCGUGCAUAUCGACCUCCGGGUAUAUCUUUGUAAAUAGCCGAGUACCGGUCGACCGUUCCCGCGUUUCCGCGCACCUCUAGAUCCCGGAAGCCCGACGUCGGGCACGCGAGGCCUCCUUGGUUCGCGCCAGCUGGGUGCCGCCUCGCUUUUGGAGGAACCGUGUAUCCCAGCAAGCAACCCCGGGGCCUCGUGUGCCCUCUCCCGCGUUCUUCUUUACUCUGUAUCUUUUUUCCGUUUCCUCGAUUCGACCUUGUAAUUUAAGUGAAAUAAAUGGAGUAUGCCGAGUCGACGGUCUCCGUAAACGCGACAUCGGAGUGGUACUCGAUGUUAAAGAA